GUCAGAUAUUGCUACAUAGUGUCACAUGCAUUUGAAAUGUACUAGUGUAGUGCUCUAUUUCAUUGAUUUUUGAGAAGUGGCUGACUGUAAAGUGUAGUGCCUUAUUUUAUUCAUUUAGACUAAAGCUAGUUCACAGUUGAAAUAAAAUGACAAAACAACUUUCUGAUGAUGAUAAUCAGCAAUAUAGAGACAGAAUAAGGUUUAUUGCAUAUAGAGAAGCCCGAGAUGAGGGUGCUAGUUUCAUUACGAAAAAAUGGAUAGCAAAUAAACUCCUUCGAUCUGAAAAAUUCGUUCAAAAAUACUGGAAUAAAACAUAUUCUGAAAUCACACCACAGGAAAGACCAGGACCUAAGUCAAACACUUUGACUCGAAAGACAACACAAAUAAUACUAAAAGGAACUGCUAAGAAGAUAAAAAGUUGUAGAGAGCUUGCAAAAGAGAUCAAAAGGUUGAGAGGAAAAGACGUUUCUCAUCAAAUGGUUCAUCUAUUCAGAGUAAGAAAGGGGCUCAAACCAUUUCACAUUAUUUCGAAACCUUUGAAAACAACAGAGCAGAUUGAGGACAGACUGUGGUUUGUGAACUUUCUCCGUCAAUGGGACGAGGAUUUUCUCCAUUUGGCUCCCUCAGACGAGUUUUACAUCUAUACAGUAGGAAAGCCAAAUCAUUAAAAUGAUAGGAUUUGGGCGUACAAACGAGAGGAUGUAUCUGAACUCCUAAUCCGUGAGAAGAUGGCGCGACCAAUUUGCGUAGGGAUUUUUCUGCUUUUCACUGUGAAAAAAAUGCUGUGGGUAAUAAAGGAUGAUGGUGUCUCAUGGACGGGAGAAUAUUUCAGUGAGGACAUACUCAGAACAAAGGUAAUACCAUUUCUUAAAAACAAGGAUAAUGUAAUUGAGACCUCACAAACAACAUUACUACAUGACAAAGCUCCAUGCUUUAAAGCCAGUGCUACACAAGAUCUUUUGAAGAAAUCUGGCAUAGACCUUUUUGGUAUUGAUGAAUACCCGAGCAACAGCCCUGACCCGAAUGCUGCAGAGCACAUGGGGUCCAUAUUAAUGGAUAAAACAGAGCAACUUAUGGACACUGAAGCUGCAGAGAACAGAUAUUCUAAAGAUGCCCUGCUCAAGAACCUCCGAAAAGUAUUAAGGCCCUGUAUAAGGACGUAA